AACAGCAAACCAAACAAACAUUUCCCCAGGAAACCAGCGAAAUUCCAAUUGAAUUUCCUAUUCAAAGGAUGCAAAAACCAUCCCACUUCGCACGCGAGGAUUCCCAGGAGCACCUGCCCACCAGCCACACCCAAAACAUCCACACGGUCAACAUGAAGAGGCGCACACUAUCCGGAAGUUGUGGCGUUGGCGUCUUCGUGUUCGCCUUUGCAUUCAUCGUGAUUGCAUUUGCAACGCCCAGUUGGUUGGUCAGUGAUUACCGCAUCACGGGCGCAAAGUUGGAUCGCCUGGGAUUGUGGGUGCACUGCUUUCGGUCGCUGCCAGACGUAAACGACGACAGCCUGCGUAGAUUCUUCGUGGGCUGUCGAUGGGUGUAUGACCCAUUUACCACGGGCUACGAUGAGAUCCGUGGAUUCCUGCUGCCCGCCUUCAUGAUAGCCACACAGUUCUUCUACACCUUGGCCUUCAUCGGGAUGUUGCUGUCUGCCAUCGGAGUACUGGUCUUCAUCCUGUGUGCUGGUCCGGAUCAAAAGCACUUCAUAACGCUCAUUAAAUCAGUUGGAUAUGUGCUUCUCGGGGCUGGAGUAAGUGCAGCCAUUGCAGUGAUCGUAUUCGCCUGCUUUGGCAACCGGAAUGGCUGGAUGCCGGAGCAUGCGAACAAUUGGUUUGGCUGGUCCUUCAUCCUCGCAUGUGUGGGUACUGUGUUCACCCUGGUAGCGGCUACUUUGUUCCUCAGUGAAGCCCACGUGCAACACAAAAAGAGAAUUCAGUUCAAGGAAUCGCAGACGCGGUUUGAGCUGGUGCGCGGAUAGUUGCCGUCGCUGCAGCUGGCACACUUGCACCAAGGAAAACACAAGCAAGCCAAGAGAAAAACAAAACAAAAAAAAAAAACAUUCCGUCCCCACAAAGAAUUCUCACCCUAAAACUUACAGUCGAACUUCUCUAAGGCAAAACAUUCUAACUUACAUUUUCUGGAAAUGCACGUUUUUAUUCUUGUUUUAUGUUCGGUUUUUUAACAUUUCCAAAAUACUUAAAGAAUUGAAAUUCAAUGGUAUCCAUGUGCAUAGGCAAUUGUUAAAGUAUUUAUGUCGGAAACAUUAGUUUAAAGCGUUUUGUUUUACAAAUUUUAACGAACGAAAGUUAUUUUGGAUAAAAUAAUUAUCGCCAUAUAUUCAUCGAUUUUCACUAACAUCCAUAAACUAAUUUAUUUUAGUUCAGAGAAGUUCGACUGUAUUCGUAGUAUUUAAUUUAAAAAGUUUAUGCAAUUGUCUACCGCACCGAGUCACAAGCUUUCAGAUUUUGGUACUUAUUAUCAUCCAUCCAAUCGUCCAGAUCAGUUCCAAGAGAAGACUGAAUGUUUUUCCGAACGAAAACCAGAACCAAGCACAGAUAGUAUCAAGCGAAGAUGCUCAAACAGAUGACUCAUGUUCAUGUAGAGUAUUCUACAGUAUUUACAUAUCAAUUUUCGCUCAAUUAACGCCCAGACACAAACAGCAUCCCCCUCCGCAAUUGUACCUUUUUGUUUUUUUUUUAGAAAAAGUCGCAGGCUAGUCGGAACUAGCAUCGAAAUAUUACACUCGUGCCUUAAUUAUAUAGAACUAUUAUGGUGUAGUUCGUAGUGCCUGAAAACAAAUUAUUGUUAUAAACAUACCUGAACGACUGACCUGCGACUAACCAUAGAGAUCAUUGAAUUGCAUAAACUUCAGCUAAGCUAGUGCCUUAAUUAAGUGACCCAGAGAAAAGGUAAGCGAAUUCCGUGCAUUAGAUUUAAGACACCAAAACAAAACAUUCCCUUUUGAACUCGAAUAUUCCGCACAAGUUACCUUCUUUUAAAGGUAAUAAUAAGGUCUGUAUUAAUAGUCCGUCCAUUGCACUUUUAUUUUAUUUGUCUUUGUAUUUGUAGCAUGUUCUAAACUGAGAAUUUACCAAUGUAUUAAAGCAAUACAUCCGUCUUUUACCCCAUAUACAAUAAUAUGUGUAACAUUUUUAUGUACAAACGACUUUUAGCUAAAGCGAAGAA